AUGGAAGAUUACGAUGAUGAAUUACUACGUGGAGCAAUUAGUGAAUUGGAGAGUGCUUUGGUGGCUGAACCUAGAGGCUUGUCGGAAGAAGUGUGGUAUGACUUGCAUCAGGAGUUGAGAGAAAAUGGGUAUGUACUUGUUGAGGUUGACGCUGAUCCUAUGAAGGGUACUGAUGAUCCUGUGCAGAGGGUGGUGAUAGAGGCUAUGGACCGCGGUAUGGCGUUUGAGGCGGGCGAGCUGGAUGGGUACUCGGGAGAGAACGGUGAUCUGUUGGGAAGU